CUGUCUCUGUAGCUCAAGAGGGCGGGUUUGCUGCGUCCGCUCCAAGGCCACAGCGAGAAGACCUUACUGCGCACGCGCAGUAGGCAGCCGAUGGAGCCACCGAUGGACCCGUCCGGAGGGGAGCAAGAGCCCGGAGCCGUCAGGCUCCUGGAUUUGCCCUGGGAAGACGUGCUGCUCCCACACGUCCUGAGCCGGGUGCCGCUGCGCCAGCUGCUCUGGCUGCAGCGCGUCAGUCGGGCUUUCCGGGCACUAGUGCAGCUGCACCUCGCCCGGCUGCGCCGCUUCGACGCCGCUCAGGUGGGUCCGCAGAUUCCGCGGGCCGCAUUGGCCUGGCUGCUGCGGGACGCCGAGGGGCUGCAGGAGCUGGCGCUGGCGCCGUGUCACGAAUGGCUGUCGGACGAGGAUCUGGUGCCGGUGUUGGCACGGAAUCCGCAGCUGCGGAGUGUGGCCCUGGCCGGCUGCGGGCAACUGAGCCGCCGCGCGCUGGGGGCGCUGGCCGAGGGCUGUCCCCGCUUGCAGCGCCUUUCGCUCGCGCACUGUGACUGGGUAGAUGGGCUGGCGCUGCGCGGCCUUGCUGACCGCUGUCCGGCCCUGGAGGAGCUGGACCUCACCGCCUGCCGACAGCUCAAGGAUGAGGCCAUCGUAUACCUGGCGCAGAGGCGCGGCGCAAGUCUUCGAAGCCUCUCCCUAGCGGUCAACGCCAAUGUGGGGGAUACUGCCGUCCAGGAGUUGGCUCGGAACUGCCCGGAACUCCAGCACCUCGACCUAACAGGGUGCCUCCGCGUCGGAAGCGACGGUAUCAGGACUUUGGCAGAGUACUGCCCAGCGCUGCGCUCGCUGCGGGUGCGGCACUGCCACCACGUGGCCGAGCCCAGCCUAAGCCGCCUGCGGAAGCGCGGUGUGGACAUCGACGUGGAGCCGCCGCUGCAUCAGGCCCUGGUACUGCUGCAGGACGUGGUGGGCUUCGCACCCUUUGUCAACCUGCAGGUCUGACCCACCUGCCGAUGGGCACAGCCGGACUGUGUGGCGGGGGCCUCACCGCGAACUGUAAGGGAACUGAACUAUGGGGGCCUCCGGUGAGAGGCCAGUGCCCUGCCCCACCCUAGAGCUUCAAAUAAAAAGCUUUUUACCCCCUCUU